CCCUAGUGCCAACGGAUGUAAUCAAGGCAAAGAUUUACGUCGAACUGGCAUACAUGGUGAAAUUCUCAUGGGAUCAGAGCGGAUGGAGAUGCGCAAGCGGCAGAUGUCGGUGCAGCAGGAAACGGCGAGCGGCACCCAGGCGCCGCAUAGUGCGGGGAACAGAGGCUCCAACGCCUGCUGCUUCUGCUGGUGCUGCUGCUGCAGCUGCUCCUGCCUCACUGUUAGGAAUGAUGAGGGGGCAGAGAGUGCCCGGCGGACCUCCUGUGACGUCAAGAUAGAGGGGACCACUAACUGUGAGGAAAGCCUGAAGCCCACUGUGGAAGAGGUUCGCUCCUGGGGACAGUCUUUUGACAAACUCAUGAACAGCCCAGCCGGGAGGAAUGCCUUCCGUGAGUUUCUACGGACCGAGUUCAGCGAAGAAAACAUGCUGUUUUGGUUAGCCUGCGAAGACCUCAAAAAGGAGACAAGCAAAAAUGUUGUAGAGGAAAAAGUGCGGCUAAUAUAUGAAGACUACGUCUCAAUCCUUUCACCUAAAGAGGUGAGUUUGGACUCCAGGGUUCGAGAAGUGAUCAACAGGAACAUGCUGGAGCCAACCUCCCACACCUUCGAUGAUGCACAGCUCCAGAUAUACACGCUAAUGCAAAGAGACUCGUAUCCUCGCUACAUGAACUCUUCAGCCUACACAAGUUUGCUUCAACACUUGUCGGAGCAGUCCGCCGAAUCUUAGGCCCCGUCCUUUUUCAUUGUUGUUACUAUUGUAUUUUUGUUUGUAAAUGAUUUAGAGUAGACUAUUGGAAGAGAGCCUCUGUGCGCCUCGCAGGGAUUUUACAGCCGUAGUGAUCUACAGUAGGCCUGAGCCUGGCCUCCUUCACUCUGGACUUUAUCAUCUGAGGGCUCAGUGCCACGAGCUAGCUACCACAUCAACAAAGCAAGACAGUCCAAAGGAUAUGAGAUGCGUUUUGAGAUUUUAUUUCUAUUUUUUAUAUAUUUAUUUUUUUUGUCUUAUCACCAUUUUAUAUUAUUGUCUUGAAUGAA